AUGGGAGGCGCCCAGUUCAUCGGCCGCGUUGUCUCAAACCGUAUGCAGAAGACUGUAGUGGUGGCCGUCGAUUACAUGGCAUACCUGCCAAAACUGAAGAUGUACGAGAAGCGCACCGCCAAGCACUUUGCACACGCGGACCCCGGUGUUCUCGGCUGCGAGCUGGACAUCGGGGACGUCGUCAAGAUCAAAUGGACGCAGCGCAUGAGCAAGCACAAGAACUAUAAGGUUGAGAACGUGCUGCGGAAAUCGAACGUUUACACACCCGAGCUGGGCGCCGCCGCGGUCGCCGCACGGGAGCAGCCGGGGCGGCAGCAGCGGGACUCUGUGGAAGUCGCAGAGGCGGCCAUGGCCGCGGCUGCGAAGAGGGUGCAGGCCCUGAGGGCGGC